AUGGACAAAAAGCUUAAUGUGCUAAACGAGAAGGUUGACAAACUCUUGCAUUUCCAGGAAGAUGUCACGGAGAAAUUGCAGUGUGUGUACCAAGGCAUGGGCCACCUGGAGCAGGGCCUACACCGCCUGGAGGCCUCUCACAUCCUGGGCCCAAGUGGGGCUGACCAUACUCCUCCAGCUGACGCACAGGCUGGGUGGCCAGAGGUCCUGGAGCUGGUGAGGAAUGUGCGGCAGGAUGCUGCCCAGCAUGGUGCCAGGCUUGAAGCCCUAUUCAGGAUGGUCGUGGCCGUGGACAAGGCCAUAGCUUUGGUGGGGGCUGUGUUCCAGAACUCGAAGGUGAUGGAUUUCAUCAUGCAAGGGAGUGUCCCUUGGAGGAAAGGAAGCCUGGCUGAUGGCUCUUCAGAGAACAAAGAUCGAGUGGAAGAGAAAGGAGCAAAACCAAAGCAUGUGCUGAGCACCAGAGCCGUGCAGGCCGAGAUCAGGGGGUCUCCGGAGGAGAGCCAGAAGGAAAACUUGCCAGAGGGGACAGUGGAGACGCUGACUCCCAUCAAUGCUUCAGGGAUAGGAUCUGAUCUUCUCACCCAGGAAGAGGCUUCACUAGGGCAGGCAGAAGUGCCCCCUGGCCACCUGCCGCUGCCCACAGAGGUGGAAGCCAAAGUUCCUAGAGCAUUCAUUGAGAACCCUGGGACUGACCUGGAAUUGCCUGCAGCACCCAACAGGGUCAAGGAGGCCCCAACCAGCCAGGAGACUUUACCCAGUACGGCACGAGGAUCAUCAUUCAGCAGGUCUGACUCUCGGCCCACAGAGGCAGGCAUGAGGCUGACUCCAGGGCUGCCAGUCCAGGCCAAGGCAGCUUACAGUGGUGUAGAAACACCUCCAAGGAUCUCCAUCCAUGUGCAGGAAACAGACACCCCUGGGGAGCUGCUUGUGACACGAGGGGGGAGCCUCAGACACAUACCUCCUGAGGAGGCUCCAGCAGCUGCCUAUCCAGGUGAGCAGGACCCACCUGGGCCCACCCCCCAGGCCCCUAUGACCAAGUCAGAAAAACAGAUCCCAAAAGGAGCUGGAAAGAUUUCCCCACUGCGGAAGCAGAGCAGCGAUGAGGGAGCAAAGGCAGAGGAGAAGCAGGGGCCUGGGGCUGAGUCCACCGUGGGACCAAGAGGGGCCAGGAGGAACAUGGGAGACCAUGCUGGAUCCCUGGGCCGGCAGCAGGACAAAGACCCAGGGACAGGACACCCUGAGCCUGGAAAGGACUGCACAUCCAGAGGCAUGGGCAGAGCUGAAGCAGGAAGGAAGACCCCUCUGGGAGCCGAGGCUGGCAGCGUGGUUCUGGAUGACAGUCCAGCCCCACCAGCCCCUUUUGAACACCGCGUGGUGAGUGUCAAGGAGACCGCGACCUCAGCAGUUUACACAGUGUGCCAGCAUGACGUCUUGGGAGGGGGCCGGUUUGGCCAGGUCCACAGGUGCACAGAGAAGUCCACAGGCCUCUCACUGGCAGCUAAGAUCAUCAAAGUGAAGAGUGCCAAGGACCGGGUGAGGCAUCUGCCCUGGACCAGCUGGUGCCUUGGGCCAAGUUCAGGGCUCCUAUACUUCCUUAUUGGCCCCUUGGCCCUACACUUCCCCACCCCCCUGCAUGCUGAUCAGGAACCCUGCCACCUUCCCUGCCUCUUUUCCAUGAGUCCCACACUCUGCCCAGCACAUCACCUCAUACCUUGGACAGCAGGGUCCCUCUGGAUUUCCAGGCUUCCUUCUUGGACCUCAGGUUUCCUAUAUGUGGAACGGUGGGUCUGUUGUAAGAACCUGGUUUGGGUGCUGAGUCGGAAACCUGAUGUGAGAGUAGGAAAUGAGGAAACAGGGUGGGCAUGCACCUUGGAAGGGCAUGUGUCUUGGGAGGUACAGCUGGCUCAUCUUCCUGACCCAUUUCUUGGAAACUCCUCUCCCAUCCAACUCCACAAGGAGGAUGUGAAGAAUGAGGUCUACAUCAUGAACCAGCUCAGCCACGUGAACCUGAUCCAGCUCUAUGAUGCCUUUGAAAGCAAGAACAGCUUCACCCUCGUCAUGGAAUAUGUGGAUGGAGGUGAACUCUUUGACCGGAUCACAGAGGAGAAGUACCAGCUGACUGAACUGGAUGUGAUCUUGUUCACCAAGCAGAUCUGCGAGGGUGUGCAUUACCUCCAUCAGCACUAUAUCCUGCACUUGGACCUCAAGCCAGAGAACAUACUGUGUGUCAAUCAGACAGGACAUCAAAUUAAGAUCAUUGACUUUGGGCUGGCCAGAAGGUACAAGCCUCGGGAGAAGCUUAAGGUGAACUUCGGCACUCCAGAGUUCCUGGCCCCAGAAGUCGUCAACUAUGAAUUUGUGUCCUUCCCUACAGACAUGUGGAGUGUGGGGGUCAUUACCUACAUGCUACUCAGUGGUUUAUCCCCAUUUCUAGGGGAAACAGAUGCAGAGACCAUGAAUUUCAUUGUGAACUGUAGCUGGGAGUUUGACGCUGACACCUUUGAAGGGCUGUCAGAAGAGGCCAAGGACUUUGUUUCCCGCCUGCUGGUCAAAGAGAAGAGUUGCAGAAUGAGUGCCACGCAGUGCCUGAAACAUGAGUGGUUGAAUAAUUUGCCUGCCAAAGCUUCAAAAUCCAAAGUUUGUCUCAAAUCCCAAUUAUUACUGCAGAAAUACAUGGCUCAGAGGAAAUGGAAGAAACAUUUCUACGUGGUGACUGCUGCCAACAGGCUAAGGAAAUUUCCAACUUGUCCCUAAUUCUCAACUCGGCUGCUCCCAUGGGCCCAGAAGUUAUGGACUGGUGGUGAAGUGAUGACUCAAGAUUUUUAAUAAUCCAGUCUUGUAAUGAUACUGAUUUCAUCUUUUUUGUAAAGAAAGGUUAUGGCUGUUGCCUUCCUUGUGGGUGAAAAGUGGCUGUAAGGAAAGUGACCCGACCUUUUUUUUUCUGCCUUGUAAGAUCAUACUAAGUUGAAAUGCUGUGUUUACUUCUCAAGUACACCUACUUUUGGUGAUAAGUAUAGGCAUGCUUUAGGUAGGUAGGAAAGCUUCUACUUUGUAUAUGUCAAAUUUAAAGUCUAAGCUUACUCUGAUUAGAGAACUCAGUAGACUGUUACACAGGGGUAUGUUAUGCAGCGUUAUCUCCUCCAGUACAAAGAAUUCCUAGAAUUUUGAUUUGCUCAAGUGUGAGCUGACAUUUUAUUGUACUACCCUGUUCUUGUGGAAAGCAAUGUAGAUUUAGGGGUAGUGAUCCUCAAAUUUGUUUUAACUUGUGCUCCGUUUUGGGAAACAAACCAUGCAUCCUUUAAUAUUCUUUGAAACUUCAAAAUACACCAUAUCACCUGUCAUGGCUAAAUCAGAACAAUGAUCAUUUUGAAUGUGCUUUUUAAAUCCAUACACAUCUCCACCCUCUCCUAAGUGGUCCUAUUCUGGCACUGGUAGUCUCACUUCUGACCUCCCUUCCUCAGAUUUAUGGUCUAGGAAGUCUGGAUACUGAUAUGCAAUAUGUAAAAGAGAUAUAAGAGUGUAAAAUGAUUUUCAGUCUUCUGAGAGAAACACAGAAUGAUACAUCAUGAGACAA